UGCUGGUUUGAAUGAGGCAUAUUUUAGUGGUUUUAAUUUAGGUGAAGCAUCAAUUUGUAAAGAAGCUGAAAUAUCCUUUAAAUUAGAGGAAGAGUAAUAAAGUUAUUUUAUUCUUCCCUACUUAACUUUAGUUUUCUAAAAAAAAAAGGAUGUUAAAGAAAAUGAAUUGGACCUUUUCAAAUGUAAGAAUGCGAUGGCAGGGCGGGUGGCUACUGAUGGUGUUUAUGUACAGUUGCAAUGGUUACAACUGGAGUGACCUUGAACUGCCUGACCUUCAUGUGCCCUACUUCUUCAAGAACAACCCAGGACUGGCUGACACCUGCAGGCAGGAUGGGGCUUGUCCUUACAAGGCGGCAUUGACAGAAGACCUUUGUUGGGGGUACGAGUCGGACUGUGCCUUAGAAAAGCGACUGUCACGGCCAGAAUGUCCCGAUCCUAGCAGAGGAUGGGCUCACACGAAGGAAGACCAAUUGGAUCAGUUCUGGAAGGGAGCCGACUUUGGCUACGUUCUCGAGAGACGUAAAGAGACAAAUGUCUACUGUGCUCCCCAAACUGAGGACGAUUCUCUACUAGAAUGUGCCAAAUAUGCCCGUUAUUGUCGCGCCAAAAACAUUUACCUGGAUUUCCGCAGGACGGAGUUUUCGGCUAAUGACCAAUUUACUGAAGAUUUUUUACGAUCUGGAGAAAUUGGUGGGCAUUGCACCUUAAACUCUGCCGGUCUGAAGGCACAGAGUGAGCAUAAAUAUGCCUUACAGUCAUGGUAUGCGGAGGUGGAACAUUUUACCUCCCUCCCGUUUCGUCCAAUCAACAACGAGCACUGUGAUGUCAUCAUCGAUAAACCUGUCAUGUUCAUGAAACUGGAUGCUGGUGUGAACAUGUUCCACCAUUACUGUGAUUUUGUGAACUUCUACACGAGUCAGCACGUGAACAACUCCUUCACCAGAGACAUGUACAUGAUCAACUGGGACACCAGCAGACGUCAAUACCAUGACCUUUUCAAGGAGACUUUCCAGGCAUUUACACAACAUCCAAUGAAAUAUAUCAAAGACUUUGACAAUCAAAGGGUCUGCAUUAAAGAUGCAGUGUUUCCCUUGCUGCCCAGAAUGCGAUGGGGAAUGUUCUACAACAUGCCACUGAUCCCGGGUUGCUAUGGCAGCAGCCUGUUCCAAGCAUUUUCUGCACACUUGGUCCAUCGUCUUCACAUAGCGCAGGACGGGCCACUCCAGGGGAAGAUACGUAUCACACUGCUGGAUAGAGACACCAAGUUUAGGGGAAUCAUGAACCAAAAUGAGUUAUUUUCUGCGCUAAAGAGUGUUGGAGAAUAUGAAGUGAAUGUGGUCAAAUAUAAAUACAGAGAGAUGCCAUUUCUUGACCAAGUGAAGGUCUCCCACAACAGUGACAUAUUUAUCGGCAUGCAUGGUGCCGGUCUCACUCAUAUGCUCUACCAGCCGGACUGGGGAGCUGUUAUAGAAUUAUACCAUACUGACGAUCCAAACUGCUAUCUUGACCUGGCCCGCCUUCGUGGAGUGAAAUACUUCACAUGGGAGAAGAUGGAUAAACUGACGCAGGAAGACGAGGGACAUCAUCCGACCCUUGGGGCCCAUAAAAAGUUUACAAACUAUGCAUUUGAAGUGACAGAGUUUAUGCGUCUUGUAGCGAAGGCAGCGGACCAUGUCAGAUCACAUCCUGCAUUUACAGAUGCAAGACAGGGAAAAUAUGGCAGCAGACAAACAGAUGAACUCUGAUGUUGGUUAUGUUUAGUGAAUUUUGAAUGUUUUUAUAAAAUGUUAGGUGUUGUUUAAAAUGUAAGAGGUAAACAACAGUAUUGGCUGUUGAAACUGUUGUGUCGGUACUACAGUAUUGUUAGCUGGCUGUUGAAACUGUUGUGUCGGUACUACAGUAUUGUUAGCUGGCUGUCGAAACUGUUGUGUCGGUACUACAGUAUUGUUAGCUGGCUGUUGAAACUGUUGUGUCGGUACUACAGUAUUGUAAGCUGGCUGUUGAAACUGUUGUGUCGGUACUACAGUAUUGUUAGCUGGCUGUCGAAACUGUUGUGUCGGUACUACAGUAUUGUUAGCUGGCUGUCGAAACUGUUGUGUCGGUACUACAGUAUUGUUAGCUGGCUGUUGGAACUGUUGUGUCGGUACUACAGUAUUGUUAGCUGGCUGUUGAAACUGUUGUGUCGGUACUACAGUAUUGUUAGCUGGCUGUUGGAACUGUUGUGUCGGUACUACAGUAUUGUUAGCUGGCUGUUGAAACUGUUGUGUCGGUACUACAGU